AUGCAAGAUUUCACAUACUGUGCCCCAGAUGGCACCAACAGAGGUCCAGAGCCAUCCCCAAGAGCUCCUCGGGUGCCGAUGAACCAGAAGCUGGAGACGAUUUGUGCUUUGAUAGAAGAAUUGAACCUCACACCGAAGUCGUUCAUGGUUGCAUUUCUUGAGCAAGAUCAAGAAAGCAUGGCGUAUAAACGUCGCUUAUGGGCAACCGAUCAAGGUUGGGAGUCAACGAAGUACUUGUUGCUCACCAUCAAACGGCUGGCUUGCGCCCACUUUGACGGUCGGGUCCUCUGGGAAGAUUUCAUCUUAUCGCAGGCAAUUGACAUUGUUUCCACUCAAAAACCUAUCACGGGCCCGGCACCACAUGGUUCAUACCACACAUCGUUGACGUUGUCAGACUCGUUUUUCACCAAGGACGCACGGGAAGCUCGCAACUCAGCACUGACUGAUCGGAUGCCAUUUCUGUAUCGCUUGAUUUGUGCUAAGAUCCAGGGGAACAAGCCGAUUUCAGAGGGGAAUUCUGCUUCAGUUCGGCCACACGAUCCAAUUGAGGAUGAUUCAGAUGAUGAAAGCCAAUCCGAUCCAUCAGACGAGCUCGUUGACUAUGAUGGCUCCAUCUUGAUGAAAAGGAAGGAUCCAGCUGCAAGAAGGGCAAUCCGGGUUCAGACGGUUGCCCGGACAAUUUGUGCAAUGGUGGCCUUUAGUGGGAACCGCCGUCACAACGGUUUUCAGCUCAGUAAUGCGCUUCUGUUCUUGGCCGGAGGGGUCACUGAGCGGGUCACUCAUGCGGCACUGAAAAGUCUGGGUGCUGAGGCCAAAGCCAAACUGGAAUCAUUGUACAGUCUCGGCAAGUCACCAAUUGUCGCGCCCCUCCUGUGCUACGAUAAUUUGGAUUUUCAAGAGAAGGUCCACAUGAAAUCACUUGGCCAUUCAAGCCGGAUGUUCCACGGGACAUGGGGUUAUGUACACACAAUCCCUCCCUCCCUACUAUCGCAACUGGAUCCCUCGGAGCUGACGGUUGCGGCAUUGAACUCGGCAUUGCAUCUGGGGAAAGAACUGAAGAUCAGACCGGACAUGUUUACUCCAACGCCAAAUAGCACAUUACAUUUUGAAUUGGUUUUGAAAUCACAGAUCACCCAAGUAAUCCUGAAAUAUCUUGCUUGUGCCACCAACAGAAGGGUCCAGCUACAUAAGAGUCCACCUGAAAUCAAUCCCAUCGCCCCCGAGGACCCUAAUAUAACAAUGCUUAAACUGAUGGUUGCAUCAGACAACUCCGCUUUGGGAGUUGGGGAGGUGUUCACUGGGGUGAUCCAACAAAUCUUCGAAAGCAACGUUCGCCGGCGUUGGGGGACCACAACAGUCUAG